UCGCCUGUGUAUUUGCUUUGCUGCACUUAUAGCCAUAGCUCGCUCACAAAAUACCGACUCUAAAUGCAAUUUAUGUGUACAUAUUAAAGAGAAGGAAGAAUCCUGGCUUAUUCCAUCUUCCUUCUAUCUCAUCUGCAUAUCAACUCAUAUACGCAAUGUCGUCUUCGUCUGGACGCCGUACCACCGAUCGCCCUACUCUUCCCCCCAUACGAGAUCUGUUUGGCAAUGAGCUAAGUCGUUUGCGGGUAAGUGACGACGAUGAUCCCGCGCAUUAUCGCGAUGCUCAGCGAAGGCGCUCCAAUGAUUUCUCGCAACGACCUUUCAAUGUCCCUCCGUCUCGAUCGUCGCAUCCAUCGCAUCUACCCAGUGAAUAUUUCUCAGCGGCAAGUCAUACGUCGUUUAGCUCCCCACACACUUCGUACGGACGCGAGCAACAUCGGCCUUCAACGCAUCUAGGAUACAAUUCGCGGAGCGUCACGGCUCCAGAUCAUGGCAAUUUUACAACAGCUUCACCGGUUCCUGCGCCCAACUAUCGAUAUCCAGACAUGGGAGUGGGACCCCUGUCCAGUCAAUACUCUUCAGUCAAUCCAAUUGCCACUCACGAUCCUUCGCGCGGUGCUGGCAGUCGCUCUUACUCUAACUACGAUUACCUCACCCACCCUCGAGUUUCUACCACCUUGGAUAACAGGAACAGAUCAGAAGAAGCGGAGUAUGCCCUAACUUCUUUGGCCCAAUCUUAUCCAGAUGUGCAACCUCCGUCGAGAGAUAUGCCAAAGGGCAGCGUCGCACCUCCUGCAAAGUAUGAAUGCACCUACUGUGGCAAAGGAUUUAAUAGACCUAGUAGCUUGAAGAUUCACCUCAACAGCCAUACAGGGGAGAAGCCGUUUCUGUGUCCCGUUGAGGGAUGCGGUCGUUCUUUUAGUGUAUUAUCCAACAUGAGGCGGCACGCUCGUGUUCAUAAUCAGAAUGCCCAAACCAGUGACGACGAUACCGGCCCCCUUUCACGUCCAAGUUCUUCCCGUCUCGCGGUCGCUCCCGUGGACUGGCAUCAGUACAGACGAGGCAGUACUGCAUCUGAUGUCUCUAGCUCAGAAUCACGACACAGUCGUAGUGGAUCAUCCGACUCGGAGGACGAAGGCUAUAACCAGACCCACUCAAUUGGGAAAAGUGUUCGUCAGCAUCACAGGUAGCCGACUUACCAGUAUACGCCAGUUGGAUGCUUUAGGCAUCGUCUCACUUCAGUAUUUAAGUAGCAGCGCCUUAUCUAUCAUUAAUUAUCGUUACUGAUUCAUCCUUCACCAUCUCAUGAAAUGAAAUUUUUGAACGCACUGU